AUGAUUCCCCUAGAGUUUGAGCCAGAGAUCUAUGGUCAACCCUCGUUAGACUACAUCACAAAUGAUGUAUUGAAGGAAAUUCUGAUGCAUGGAAUGGCCAACAUAAAUGCUUAUAACUAUAUCAGUGGCCUUGAUCACAAGUUUAAGAUUAUCAGCCCCCACGCUUUUGAUGGCCACAACCUUAAUGUGAAGAGGAAAGACUUAUCCAGAGAUUUGGCGGAUAUCUUCAUUUCUAGGGUAGCAAAGACUAGGAAGACUUUGUUUUUGGCGCCUUACUGGGAGAUGCUGAUUGUGGUUAAUCCCAUAAAGCCAAGGAUUUGGUAUCUCGAUUCUCUUAAUAGGGAUCCGACCAAUCGACCGUUUAUGGGCUUUAUGGCUAUACUGCACAGAUCAAGCCUUACCCUGCCCCCAAUAAAAAACGGCCAAUUUGACGAAGCCUUCCCAUGGAAGAAAGUGAAGUGGCCAUGUCAGUCAAACAAAAGCUCCAAUUGUGGGUAUUGCGUGAUGAAAUUCAUGAAGGAAAUAAUUAUGCAUAAUUUCGACACAAUCCUUGUGAAGUAUUUUAUCGACACAUAUUGCACAAUGUAUUCAUCCUCUCAUAUGGAAGAAAUCAUUGAAGAGCUGCAAUUGGCCAAUUUUGGUUUUGGUUGA